UGUGUCUGGCACAGUCGGGCUCCUGGGGAAGGGGGGGCUCAUAUGAAUCGAUAUAAUAGGAGGGGAUGUCCCCCAGGGAGUUUGCAAAGGCUUCCUAGUUCUAGAGCUUGGAGAAAUGACUGUGGAAGCUACAGCGUGCAGCCUGUCAGGCCCAGGCUGCCAGGGGCAGCUGCCCAGUCCCUGACCCCCGUCUCAGACUCUCCUGCGGCCCCCUGCGCCGUGUGCAAAGCCCAGCGUCUUCGGGGCAUCCAUCUCUCAGCCCUUUGCCCGAGGACCCUUUCUGGUCCGUCUCGUUAGUGGCUUCUCCAUGCUCUCCCGCAUCUUCAUUUCUUCCCUCCAUAGAGAAAACUUCUCCCGCUUAUGGUGACGUACAGAAGGAGCUUAAUUCUGUCGCCUCGGAGCUGUCUGUACCACAGGAGGAAAACGAGCAUUCUCCUAAACAUUUAAUUGAACUCCACCGGGAAUUUAAGAAAAAUGUGCCAGAGGUACAGUGUGGCCGCCUGCUAUGCCGUCGGCUCGAGAGGAUGCAGCUUGCUCACUCCUCACUCCCCGUCCAAAGUAUACUGGACUCAGAGAGAUGGUGGCUCCGGUGCUGAGAAGCUUCCAAGCCGAGGUGGUGGCUCUCAGUAAGAGAAGUCAGGAGGCGGAGGCAGCGUUCCUGAGUGUUUACAAGCAAUUAAUCGAAGCGCCAGACCCUGUUCCUUCAUUUGAGGUGGCGCGGACUCUGAACGACAGACUGCAGCGUCCCAGCUUCCACCCCAGUGGACAGCCCCUACAGGACGUGCACAGCUCGUGGAAGAGGUGCCCAGAGCCGCCCAGCGCCAGAGAGCAGAACGAGGGCACGUGUCCCACCGAGCACACGACAGCCAACGGUAGCCACCUGCCAGUUCCUGAGAACACCCUCCUGACAGACACCUUGCUGCAGAAGGAUGAGGCCGAGAGACAGAAGGGCCUCCAAGAAGUCCACGUCACCUUGGCAGCCAGGCUGGGGGAGGCAGAGGAGAAAAUCAAGGUGUUACAUUCAGCGCUAAAGGCCACCCAGACAGAGCUGCUGGAGCUGAGGAGGAAGUACGAUGAGGAGGCCGCAUCCAAGGCAGAUGAGGUCGGCCUGAUCAUGACGAACCUGGAGAAAGCCAACCAGCGAGCAGAGGCUGCCCAGCGGGAGGUGGAGAGCCUGCGGGAGCAGCUGGCAUCGGUCAACAGCUCCAUCCGCCUGGCAUGCUGUUCCCCCCAGGGACCCAGUGGGGAGAAGGUGAGCUUCGCGCUGUGCUCAGGGCCCCGGCUGGAGGCAGCCCUGGCCUCCAAAGACAGAGAGAUCCUAAGGCUGCUGAAGGACGCUCAGCAGCUGCGACACUCCCUACAGGAGCUGGAGGAGGUCUCCGCCAACCAAAUCGCCGACCUGGAGCGGCAGCUCGUGGCCAAGUCUGAGGCCAUAGAGAAACUACAAGAAAAGCUCGAGGCCCAGGCUGACUACGAAGAGAUUAAAACAGAGCUGAGCAUCCUGAGAGCCAUGAAGCUGGCCUCCAGCGCGUGCAGCCUCCCUCAGCCUUGCUUUCCAUCUCCUCAGGCCCUGGCCAAGCCCGACGAUUCGCUGCUCAUGGCCAAGGAGGCCUUCUUUCCCACACAGAAGUUCCUACUGGAGAAGCCGCCACUUCUGACCAACCCUGAGGAGGACCCCUCAGAGGAUGACUCCAUCAAAGGCACGCUGGGCACGGAGCCCUCCUACCCUCAGCUUCCACCUCCGCCAGGCCCGGAAGACCCGCUGUCCCUGAGCCCUGGGCAGCCCCUGCUGGGCCCCAGCCUGGGUUCCGAUGGGCCAAGGACUUUCUCGCUGUCCCCCUUCCCCAGCCUGGCACCAGGGGAGAGGCUAGCUGGGGACCCACUGCUGCCCAAGCACAAGAUGGGCCCGGCUGCCUUCAAAGGGGAGACGGGCAACCUGCUGCCAUUCCCACCGGCGUUCUAUGGCGGGGCCAAGCCUCCAGCGUCGGCUGCCCCCUCGGUGGCCGGCCCCGAGCCCGCCGCGGCCCCAGAGCCUGCGGACGGGGCCGUCCCGGAGGAGGAGCAGCUGGACACGGCGGAGAUCGCCUUCCAGGUGAAGGAGCAGCUGCUGAAGCACAACAUCGGCCAGCGCGUGUUCGGCCACUACGUGCUGGGACUGUCGCAGGGCUCGGUGAGCGAGAUCCUGGCGCGGCCCAAGCCGUGGCGCAAGCUCACGGUGAAGGGCAAGGAGCCCUUCAUCAAGAUGAAGCAGUUCCUGUCGGACGAGCAGAACGUGCUGGCCCUGCGCACCAUCCAGGUGCGGCAGCGAGGCAGCAUCACCCCGAGAAUCCGCACACCUGAGACCGGCUCAGACGACGCCAUCAAGAGUAUCCUGGAGCAGGCCAAGAAGGAGAUUGAGUCUCAGAAGGGGGGCGAGCCCAAGAGCACCACGGCCUCUGCGAGCAUCGCCAACGGCACAGCCCCCUCCAGCACCUCGGAAGACGCCAUUAAGAACAUUCUGGAACAAGCCCGCCGUGAGAUGCAAGCCCAGCAGCAGGCCCUGCUGGAGAUGGAGUCGGGACCCAGGGGCCGCUCAGUGCCUCCCUCCCCUCCGGAGCGGCUCUCGCUGGGCACUGUGAGCCAGAAUGGGGCCCUGGCCUGCGUGAAGCAGGAGGAUGGCGGCGGCUGCAGCAGCUCCAGCAGCAGCACCAGCACCAGCAGUGCGCAGGCGCCGCUCGCUGUCCUGUCCCCCGCCGCGUUCGUGCAGCGGAUCAUCCGCAAGGUGAAGUCUGAGAUUGGCGACGCCGGCUACUUUGACCACCACUGGGCAUCGGACCGCGGCCUGCUCAGCCGCCCCUACGCCUCCGUGUCGCCCUCCCUCUCCUCCUCCUCCAGCUACUCAGGACAGCCCAAUGGACGAGCCUGGCCGCGCGGGGACGAGGCAGCCGUCGCCCCUGAGGAUGAAGCAGCCACGGGCGAGGAUGAGCCCUCUCCCAGGGCGGGAGAGCUCAAGGCCGAGGCCGGGGUCCCCGAGGUGGGCGGAGGGCGGCUGCCCUACUACCCGGCCUAUGUGCCCCGCACCCUCAAGCCCACCGUGCCGCCCCUGACGCCCGAGCAGUAUGAGCUGUACAUGUACCGGGAGGUGGACACACUGGAGCUGACCCGCCAGGUCAAAGAGAAGCUGGCCAAGAACGGCAUCUGCCAGCGCAUCUUUGGGGAGAAGGUCCUGGGACUGUCCCAGGGCAGCGUGAGCGACAUGCUGUCACGGCCAAAGCCAUGGAGCAAGCUGACACAGAAGGGCCGGGAGCCCUUCAUCCGCAUGCAGUUGUGGCUGUCGGACCAGCUGGGCCAGGGCCAGGCCCCAACCCAGCAGCCCAGCGCCACCCAGGCCAGUCCCACUGAGCCCAGAUCCUCACCGUCACCUCCCCCAAGCCCCGCAGAGCCUGAAAAGACUUCCCAAGAGCCUCUGGGCCUGUCACUGGAAAGCAGCAAGGAGAACCAGCAGCCUGAGGGCCGGGCCAGCUCCUCCCUGGGUGGAAAGCCCUUUUCAGGCAGCCAGGCUACGGGAGGCAUCCAGGAGAUGGUGGCCAUGUCCCCGGAGCUGGACACAUAUUCUAUCACCAAGAGGGUCAAGGAAGUCCUCACGGAUAACAACCUAGGGCAGCGGUUGUUUGGUGAGAGCAUCCUGGGGCUGACACAGGGCUCCGUGUCAGAUCUGCUAUCGAGGCCCAAGCCGUGGCACAAGCUGAGCCUGAAGGGCCGGGAGCCGUUCGUCCGCAUGCAGCUGUGGCUGAGCGACCCCCACAACGUGGAAAAGCUGCGGGACAUGAAGAAGCUGGAGAAGAAAGCCUAUCUGAAGCGCCGCUACGGGCUCAUCGGCACAGGCUCAGACAGCGAGUCGCCAGCCACACACAGCGAGUGCCCCAGCCCGUGUCUGCAGCCACAGGAGCUGAGCCUCAUGCAGGCCAAGAAGCCACGCGUGGUGCUGGCACCCGCCGAGAAGGAGGCGCUUCGCAAGGCCUACCAGCUGGAGCCCUACCCCUCGCAGCAGACCAUAGAGCUGCUCUCAUUCCAGCUCAACCUCAAGACCAACACGGUCAUCAACUGGUUCCACAACUACAGGUCCAGGAUGCGCCGUGAGAUGCUGGUGGAGGGAACACAGGAUGACCCAGACUUUGACCCAAGUGGGGGUUCUGGUGUCCUGCCACCAGGCCACACCCACAUAGACCCCAGCCCGCAGAGCCCCGACUCAGAGGCUGAAGACCAAAAGCCACCCAUGAAGAGCCUGGAGCUGCAGGGAUCUGAGAGUCCCACACACCUAGCUACCCCAGUUAGGGCUCUGGUGAAGAUCAAGCAGGAAGAGGAUGCAGAGGUGGAUGGGGACAGUCAGCCCCAGGACACAGGGGAUCCAGACAGAGGCCACGGUGGCCCCAAAGAGGAACAUUCCCACCCUCUGGGGAACAACGAACUCCCAGAGCUGGCCCCUGGACCCUUCCUUCCAGGCACACCCAACCCAGACUGCCCCUCAUUGCACACCCCCCAAGGAAAAGAGACUGGGGAGCAGGUCCACUCAGACCCUCUGAGUUUCAAGUCCACCUCAGAAUCCUCAUGCUGCAGCCUGGAGGGGCCACCGAACUCUCCCUCUGCCAUCUCGUUACCAGACCCCAUGACAUGUGUGUCACCUACCCCCUCCUCCUCGGCUCCCAUCUCCCCAUCCCCGCCUGGCGUCCUACCUGCCAAAGUGCCGAGUACCAGCCCCACUGCUGACACAGCUGCAGCCUUGCACCCCAGCACCAAGGUGAACCCCAACUUGCAGCGGCGGCAUGAGAAAAUGGCCAACUUGAACAGUAUAAUCUACCGACUGGAGAGGGCGGCCAACCGGGAAGAGGCUUUGGAGUGGGAAUUCUGAAGCCGGGGUGAAAGACAUACCCCAGAGGUCACCUUCCCUUCCCCCCUCCCUCCCUCUCCCGGAUGGGGUGGGGCCAGAGAGGCAAGAACUCAGCCGUGCAGAUGUGGACAACAAUGUUAAGCCGUUUAUGUUUAUUGUUGUAACACUAGUUACCUGAAGUUGUGUGUGAGCAGAUGCCACCACCUCUUCUUUUUGACAGCCCUGCUUGUAGGAGGCACCGAAUCCUGCCUUCUCCCCUCCCCCCCUGGGAAGGCAGGACCAAAAUGGCACCACAUUCUCACUCAAAAACUCCAAACUCUUUUAGAAAAAUAAAUAUUUAUAGACCUCUUUCAGCUAUUUUAAUAAAGGAUCCUUUGGAAUUUAUCCCCAGCCGAUGCUGUUUUGAUAUUAAAGAGAGUUAUAAAAUCAGCUGCUGUCACUGCUGCUGUGAAGCAGACACAGAAGCUAUGUCGUUUGUUUUGUUUUUUUUUUUUUUGCCAUGAGAUGAGAUUAAAAGAAGACGAUUGUUCAAAGCCAUCACAAAACACUCUGAGACGGACCAAAUUCAGAGAACCCUUGGACUAUGGGUUUGGUGGGGUUUUUUUGUUUGUUUGUUUUUUGCCCACACGCCUGUCUGUGAGACACAGCAUGAUGCUACCGCCCUUCCAGAACCUGUGCUGCAAAGAGAAAGUCCAAAAGACUCUAAAUGGAAACCUCUGUGCUGCUGAGGAUGGGACCAUGCUGGCGGACUGUCUGCAGCCUCCCGGUCACAGGAGGUCCUGUUGCUAGUGGAGACGUUGCCCUUGGCAAAUGUCGUAGGUAUCACAAAGGCCUCCACUUCCUGAGUUAGAAACCUGUCCCGACCGAGGAUUGACUGUUUCUAGAACCUUCCGAAAGCUGGGUGUUGGGGAGGUGCUCAAAGAGAGGUGCUAAUGUCAGAGUGAUCCUGGCUCCAUCCUGAAUCGUGGCUGCACUUGGAAGAUUUCUCCUAAGGUCUGAGUAAGGCUGCUUCGUUCCAGAAAACACUGUGGCCUCCAUCUUCCCUCCUUGCUUCCAGAAAUGGAAAGUGUUGGUCCGCCAUAACCCCCAAAGUUUAGCAACUAGCUCUAAAACCUAGACCCACCCAGUCGGAAACCUCAUUUCUCACCACCUCUCUCACGUUGGUACCGGCGCCAUCCCUGGAAGGUGUCCAAAGGUGUCCAAAAGUCUGUGGGACUUGGAAAGGCCAACAUCACCACAGCAUGGCCACCCCAUCCCUGUCUUUUAGCCUAUUCUCUUUUCCUACGCAAGACCUGAUAGGGAUCAAAGAUGUGACCCUCGACCCCCCCCCCCCCCCGCUCAGAAGCAACCUUCUUCCAGUGUCCUGACUGUGAUUCCCAGGGAGAAAGGGCCCAUUGGAGGUGAUGGUCUCCACACUGGCUGUCGGGUCUCUCCUACUCUUACCUUUUUCCUUUUUUUCCAAACUGUGGAGGCUAAAUUGGUGACUGAUGAUGACUAUGUGGCCAUCUGUGUUGCCAUUCCAGUACUGGAGGGACAAACAGCUGCUCAGUGCAGUGACUAUCUUGAAAUCAUGUGAGCAAAAAAAAAAAAAGUUUCCAGAAAGGAAAAAAAAAAAAAACAAAGGACCGUUGCAGAAUUUCUAACUCUCAUGCACCCAGCCAAGGCUGCAGACUGUCAACAUCAAACAAGCCCUGGAAAACCUCCUUUUCCACACACAAUCCUGGCUAUGCAUCGAGAAGUUUUCCACUGUAUACAUUUUUAUCCAGAGGAGGGUAUUUUUAUAUUUUGACACUAGGAAACCAUGACAAGUCUUCAGAGGAAUCCAUUCUGGGACAAAUGAAGCCCGCCUCAGCCUCUGCCGCCCCGUUGGAACAGGCCCCCACAGGGAGACGCUGCCACUCUUCACCUCAGAACCACAUGUUGAGGCGAUGCACGCCACACGCCAACGACACUAAGCAGAAUCCACGGUGGCUUUAGUGUGACUGGAUUUGGUGUGACCUUUGAACACAUUAAGCUGGUUGUGCAAAGGAAGCCCCUGGACCUGCAAACAGAUCCGUCCAGUUCACAUCCUACAACAAUUUAAAAACAGAACACACACAAACUGUUUCUAUGCGAGAUUGAUGAACUUUGUCAAAAAUUUUCAAAAAGGGACACCUUCUGUAAACACGUCUCUAAAUACAGAAUUGUAUAAUAA